UGCGUACCUCGAAUAACGAGACGAAUAACGAGACGUAUUUCUUGUCGGCGAAAUUCAGCUGGCGGUUCUCAUUGUGCUCUGGGGAGUAUCUGGACGACGCCAUGGGAAAAUUGAACGUAGUUUUACUCCGGUAUCUUUCCCGGGAUCACUUUAGAGCCCUCACUGCGGUAGAAAUGGGCAUGAAGAAUCACGAAAUAGUUCCUCCUAGUUUGAUUGCCUCCAUUGCCAGUCUUAAACAUGGGGGUUGUAAUAAAAUUCUGAAAGAAUUAACAAAACACAGGCUUGUAGCUUAUGAACAAACUAAAACUGUCCAAGGUUAUCGAUUAACUAAUGGAGGGUAUGAUUACCUUGCCUUGAAAACACUGACUUCUCGAGAAGUUAUCUGUUCUGUUGGGAACCAAAUGGGUGUUGGAAAAGAAUCAGAUAUUUACAUUGUGGCAAAUGAAAAAGAAGAGCAACUUGCAUUAAAACUGCAUAGGCUGGGGAGGACAUCCUUUCGGAACUUGAAAAACAAGCGUGAUUACCAUCAACACAGACACAAGAUGUCAUGGCUCUACCUCUCACGUCUUGCUGCGAUGAAAGAAUUUGCUUAUAUGAAGGCUUUGUAUGACAGACAGUUUCCUGUUCCAAAACCAUACGACUACAACAGACAUGCAGUAGUAAUGGAACUUGUCAAUGGCUACCCACUAUGUCAAGUGCAUCAUCUUGAAGACCCUGCCUCCCUGUAUAAUGAAUUAAUGGAAUUAAUUGUAAAACUUGCCAACCAUGGCUUGAUCCAUGGUGAUUUUAAUGAAUUCAAUCUCAUGUUAGAUAAUAAAGACCAGGUUACGAUGAUUGAUUUCCCACAGAUGGUGUCAACCUCUCAUCCAAAUGCUGAAUGGUAUUUUGACAGAGAUGUGAAAUGUAUCCGGGAUUUCUUCAUGAAGCGCUUCAGUUAUGAAAGUGAACUAUAUCCAACUUUCAAGGAUGUUAGGAAAGAGUGUUGUCUUGAUGUUAAAAUUUCAGCCAGCGGUUACACCAAAGAAAUGCAGGAAGAUGAUGGACUACUUUACUUGGAUUGUCCUCAAUAUGAGAGCCUUAAAACGGAGACUUUUUCUGAUGUGCAUGAUCCAGAAGGAGAGAUAGCUUCAUGUAGCAGCAUAGAUCAAAUGACUGAUGGAAACUUCAUAGAUGAGAUAAAAGAAGCUUCUGAAGCUUUGUUGCAGACCACUGAGGAAGACAGUAUAGAUGAAAGUGAAGACAAUUUAGAUUUGCAGGGAUUCACCUGUGCCUUACAGCAGGUUGAAGGGCAAGUUAUUAUGACUGAACAGAAGUCUGACCCUGAAAGCUCGGCCAUUGAUUUUUCUGGUGAUAAAAAGAACAUUGAAAUAUCCACCCAGUUGGAAGAUCAAGCAGGUCAUGGAGAAGAUACUGCUGACAAAGGAUAUGAAGAUGAAUGCCCCGGUCUGGUUGACUUAUCUACAUUAAACAGAGAAUUUAGACCUUUCAGGGAUGAAGAGAGCCUGUUUCAUGUCAAUCAGCAUAGGACAAGAACUACUAGUGUCACUUCAAUACUCAGUACUGCAAGCCACUCAACAAUUCCUCCUGAACUGGUAAAACAGAAGGUAAAGCGCCAGCUAAAUAAACAACAAAAAGCUGCUUUCAGACGGCGACUACAGAAAGGAGAAGCUAACAUUUACACCAAACAACGGCGAGAACACAUGUACAAUAUCAAAUCAAGUUUGGAAUCAGCUAGCUUCUGGGAAUGACAUCCUAUGGAAACAUUUAUCUUUUUUUCUCCCACCUCACAAAUCAAAUGAAAUUUGAUUUUAAUGGACUAUUUGCAGGGAGGGAAUAUCCAUAAUUCAUGAAUGUCCAUUAAACACAAAAAUAAUCACAUCAUCACACAGAUUUAUAUAAUUUGCAUGAUGACUGCCUUACACAAAUGAGGCAAGAAUAAUGACACCACAGCACAAAUGAUAUAAAUUGCUGUGGAAAUUUGGUCCAUUACUUACAAAGUCCAUAAUAUCAAGAAAUCAUUGAAAUGUCAUAUUCCGUUCUUGUAUCCUGAGCGUAGUUUUUAAAAAUUCCUAAAAUAAAAUAGCUACGUGCUGUAAGGGCAUUCAGAAAAUAGGUGUAGGACUGAUUUAAACCUAUAGCUUACAUCAAUGUGGUUAACUUUUCAAGCCAAUCCAUAGCUUGGUUAAAACGAAUGGCUACUUAAUUAAUUUCACUGUGCUUAAGUUGCCUUGAAGUUCUUUUUUCCACACCUCAAAGGUUACUUAUAUAAACCCCAUCCAGACUGUGAUAGGUAAUGAAAAUGAUCUUGCAUAGACCUUACAAGAACAUUUCAAAAAGGUCUGUGCUAAUGCUGAUAAUUUUUCAUAUAUUUAUUCAACAACUUACUAAAUAGCCUAAAGGUCCUGAGCUCUCUGGGUAGGCUUAUUUAGCCAAAAUGUAUCUUUAGAAUAUAAGAAAAAUAGUUGGCAUGCUGGAUCUAAUCUACCAUCCUUUAGAAAAAAAUAGUAUAGAAGUUUGAAAGCAUCCCAAAGAAUAUUUGAUUUUUUUUUUUUAAUUCUGGGUUUUGGAAAAACAUCUUUACAGAAGAACAGAAUAUUUAAAAAGUAAGUCCAUUUAGUAGGUAAGAACUUAAGAGAGAGAAAAGGCUCAAUGGAAUAAGAACUUUGGUCACUCAUUUAAAAAGUUACAUGUGUAACAGAAAAUAUUGUCUUAUUACACAUUGUUAUUUUUGUUUUAUGACCACUUAAUGGCCUUUGAGAACUUUGUACUAGAAGUGUUUCUAUUACUUCAGAAAAAUACAUACAUUAAAAUUAUCUGAUAUUUUGAGAAAUAA